AUGACGCAUGAAACCAAAAGAAGCUGGUUAUACUUGUUGCAUAAAGCAGUUAUCAUUAGCAGACUUCAAACUUCCUAUAAAUUUUUAAGACUCAAUUUUCAAUAUGAUUUAUCACAAACUUUUGAAACACAAGAUAAAAAGAGUGAAGAUGGAUACAAAUUCACAGAUUCUGUAACUAAUUAUGAAAUCAAAUUUACAUCUGAUAUUAGUGAAAUUAUAGAGUUUUAUAAUUACAAUCACACAGAUAUUUCAACAUUUGGUGCUUAUCUUGAACCAAGAUUACCAAUUGAAAGUGAAUCAACAUACAAAACAAAUGAUCAACUUAACAAAUCGUAUCAAUUAUCUUCAAGACUUUCAUCUACAAGCUCAACAUCAAAUCCAAAAUAUAAAGUUAGCGUUGUGAUACCGUGUUAUAAUGAAACAAAAAGAUUGGGGAAAAUGUUGGAUGAAUCAAUUGAAUAUCUUGAAAAAUAUCAUCAUAAUGAUUAUGAAAUUCUAAUUGUUGAUGAUGGAUCAUCUGAUGGAACUAGUAAAUAUGCAAUUAAAUUGGCAAAUCAACACAACUUGGAACCACAUAUCAUGAAAGUAAUUCAAUUGGCUAAAAAUAGAGGUAAAGGUGGAGCAGUAACUCAUGGUAUUUUACAUUCACAAGGUAAAUACUCUUUAUUUGCAGAUGCAGAUGGAGCAACUCAAUUCUCAGAUAUUUCAAAAUUAUUAGAAUUUUUGGAGUCUACAAAUUCAAAUGAAGCAGCUAUAGCAAUUGGAUCAAGAGCACAUAUGGUAAAUACAGAUGCAGUUGUGAAAAGAUCAAUGAUUAGAAAUUUCUUAAUGUAUGGAUUACACACAUUAGUUUACAUAUUUGGUAUUAGAAAGAUUCAAGAUACUCAAUGUGGUUUUAAAAUGUUCAAUACAAAAGCUAUAAAGGGAAUAUUUCCUCAUAUGCAUACAGAAAGAUGGAUUUUUGAUGUUGAAGUAUUAUUAUUAGGAGAGUUACAAAAUAUGAAAAUGAAAGAAGUAGCAGUAAAUUGGCAAGAAAUUGAUGGAUCAAAGAUUGAUAUUGCAAGAGAUUCAAUUGAAAUGGCUAUUGAUUUAGUUGUUACAAGAUUAGCUUAUUUAUUUGGUAUUUAUAAAUUAGAUGAAUGUGGAAGAAUUGAUAAAAAGAAUCAAUAA